ACUGCAGCCUGGUCAACAAAGACUCACCACAAACCCAUUUGCUUUUCCAUCAUCAAGAUAUCCCGAUUGUCUUCAUUGAGGACUUAUCAGCAGUCUCCUCAACUGGUUUAGACUAUCAUCUUCGCACACAUCCAUUACCUAUUGUUGGAGCAAACAUUUCAUUCCCGGUUGCCCCGCCUCGUUCUUCCUCUCCCUAACUUACUACCGCGCUAUCACUUGCCUCCAUCUAGAUUCUAGACAAUGGCACAGGCGGACAUUCUUUCAUUCUCAUUUAUUCGAGCACAGAGUCACUGAGUCGCCGGCGACAGUCUGCUCCUCUCUGAUACCGACCCUCUUCAAUUUCUGGCCAAGCAGGCAAUCCUCAACCAGUUUGCCUUGCGCCAAGACCUCUCACUCCUGGUACCAUUCAACCUCUGCUUCACCUUCUACUUGGUUUCAGUCACACCGCUCCUAUUCUCAACUGGCGCUUCCACCGUCCCGAUGACACUCUUGUAACAUGUCGUCCUCAAUAUCCGACUCUUCGACUCGCAAUCGGAGUGACUCCACUGAAGGCUCCGAGUUGCCAGAGCAUGAGCACAAGCGCCCGAGGCUGAGCGAAACCAAGCCUGAUGGAACCCAAGUCAUGUCUGACCUCCAGCAAACAGACGGUGACCUCGCUCCUCCCGUGCCAGCCUUCAAUAGUGCCUGCAGCAAUGUGGAAGGAAGCCCUGCUCGCACCCCACCACUCCCUCCUCGUCCUGCAGGCGCCGCUACUGCCAUGUCCCCUACCAGCAGGGUCACCAUCCAGACACGUCCUUUAUCUUCACAGUCUGUCACACAGCCGACAGUAGAUGCCGCUAAUGCCGAGAUGCCGACGUCAAAUCCUUCCGACUCAACUUCACAAGGUCUGAUACUCGGUGUUGACGGAGCCCAGGAUUUCAACAGAACAUCCAUUGCCGAACCAGAAUCAACAGAGCAUCCAGAGACUAUAUCCAUUUCCUCAUCGCCAAGCAAAUCUCCCGAAAUCGAGGUUGCCGAAGUGGAAGAUUUUGACCAAGAUCCCACGCAGACAAGAUGGACAGGUCGGGUUGGUGGAUCUGCUGGAACAUCAGUGCUCAAGUCCAUCCAACCACAUCAUGUUCGUCGCACAUUUCCCUACACCGGAGAAGCGCCUGGUGAUGCUCGCCGGGCAAUCGCUGAAAUAUCCAACCGGUUCCAAUAUGGUGGUGCGCAAGAUGGAGAAAUCUUUCUGAGGGUCAAAGACUGGUUGGUGGAUUUUGUUGAUACCUGUGUGGAAUUCCCCUCAAGGCUGUUCGAAGAAGACCGCGAGUUUUGGUUGCGGCUACCAGACCUUAUUGAGAACCUGUUGAGGCGCGACACCGGCCCACCGGCGCAAGCCCGAGUAGAAGAUCUGGUCGACUACUUCGUGGCGUAUGCCCAUCUCACAAAACUAAUCAUGGAUUAUGAUGCGCAGUGUCUUCAAGCAUUAUCACCUGAUGGCGACUCACGGAUCCUGAAAGACUUCAAUUUCAAGUCGCAUCCAUACUUCCAGCCAUUGAUUUGGAUGCUCCAAACCUCAGGCAUCCCGUUCUACGAUGCACUCCGAGGCACGAUGAACUUUGAGAUAUCGCAGCUUCUUGCUCCAGUGCUCGAUCGGGUCGGGGACAAUCGCGUGGCUUUGCUGCCAUCAGUCUCUGGCUUACUAUCUGCACUAUACCCUUUCUUGCCUAAAAAGCCUGAGUGGGUCAAGCACCUUUACAGCCUGCUGAUAGUGACGAAUCACGCCAUGAAGCCUCUAACUGCGGCAGUGAGCGAACCAACAUUUCAGGCUUCAACCUUCACGCAGCUCGACCAGAUCCGUGACGAUGCUGCAGACAUCAUGCUCAAGGUUGACAAUGCCAUACAACAAGCUAUUGUGAAACAGGCUCCGUGGCUGCAUAUCGAGAGUGCGAACAAGAUCUUUGAACAUCUCAACCCGAUCGUUGCAGUCAUCGCCGUGGAGGUUCCCAAGAUCGGUCAGGAUAUCAUCGCUUCUGCCGGGGUUGGUUUCGUCGAUGGCGACCUCACAGAUCUUCCCAGCACAAUGCCCCAGGCCUGGAAAUUCAAGACUCUGCGCAAGUUUAUCACGAAUGGACGCAUGGAACUGCGUGUCUACGGCGUUGAUACCAUGUCGAAUGAUCUAAUCCAGGUAUACAAGGAGCGCAUAAUUGGAAGACCUCCCCCUGCCACGGCCGAUCCACUUGUCCGAUUUCUCGUGAAAUUCAUCCAGGAAAACCAGCUUAUCGACUACAUUGUUGGUGUUGAUUCUCAUCCACAGCUGAUCCGUCGUAGCCACAACGUGGUGGGAUUCUUGUGCGUCUCCGGCACCUAUGCAGAUUCCACAACGGACAACAUCUGGAAGACAAUCCUGGAAAGCCAAGAUCCCCGAACCGUCCACGAAGUGUUCAACCUUCUGUCUAAUUGCCAUGUGUAUGACCUACAUGCGCUUUCUUACAUCUGCAAGAAGCUGUUGAACUAUCCUUUCGAGCGCUUCGAUGCUCACGUGUUACAAUUUACCGUUGGUCUCUUGGAGAAGAUCAGAAGUCAUGGUGAAUCAUCCUCUCAGCAGGAUACAGAUCCAGUCAUACGACAGUUGUUCAUUAGACUCCUGCGAGAAGCAUCAAUGGAGGAAAACCUGGCUUUAGAGCAGGCCGGAGUCAUACGAAAAGAAUUUUCACGACAUCUCGGCACCGCGCUCUCACUUGGUCUCAUUGAAGCUGGCACGAUCAGCAUUGACGACGAAGAGCUGAGCCAUAUCAUCAGCGAGGCGACAGAGAAUUUAAGGGCACACAAUAAGUACUCCUCUGGGGAUGUCCUGGUUUUAACGACCUUGAUUCCAAUGUUGAGAAGAGACACACUUCCAGACAUGGUCGCAAAGUUCGACUUGAUAGGACUUCUUGUUGCAGAUCUUGCCUACAUCAGAAAUCAGUUUGAAUUGUCGCUACUGCGCGAUAACGUGCCAGUGGCGUCUUUCGAAGUUGCGUACGACGUGCGCGCGUCGUUACUGUAUGUCCUGAUGCUGUUGGCCCCUGACACCUUCUCCGAAGCUUCGGUCGAGUCACUAUGGAGCUCAUUUUUCACUGCAGAAAAGCUGCCACCGUCAGUCCGAGCCAGAGCGUGGGAUACCUUGACCCACGUGAUGCGAAUGAGACAGGUCAAGGAUCCGAAUCCAGUUCUCGACUUGAUCAUCGACAAGCAUCUUCAAAGCCUGGGCUCCCAGGACUACGACGAUAGGCUUCUGGAAUUCUUGAAAAUUUCGGUCUCUUACACUAUUCGACAUUCUCCUCAAACCCCACCGGAUGCUGAGGACGUGGUCGUCAUUCCGGGAAUCGAUAGAAUAUGGAGAGUGAUGCUGGAGGCGCCCCCUAACACAGUUGAGAAUCAGGCUACGGAUUUCAUCAUCCAGCAGUAUCUGGACCAUCAACUUAUAACCCGACGCUCAAGGCCAGUGAUAGAUGCCACACAUUCGUCUCUUGUGGAUCGUUGCGUCAGACAGGUGAUGGCAUCCGCUUCAAAACUGAAGUCGUAUACCGACGGCACCAUGAGCGGAGAGGAUGAGCCCAUGGUCAUCAUCGCAUCUGAGCAAGAGAUUCGUGCCGAAGAACUUCGAUUUGACAGAUCCUUGCUGUUUCUCAGAAGCUUCCUGGAAGGAAUGAAAUCGCGUCCACGGUACAGUCCGACACCUGGCCAACAAGCGCAAGGUCUGCCAGGCUUUCUUUCGAAGAAAGGCGAGAAUGUACAAGUCAACAUCCAGAUCUUCGGCAGUAAAUACGUCAGCCCUGAUAUGCAGAAAGUCGAAUUUGGUUCGGAAAAUACGGGGGACGAUCUGUGGAAGUAUAUCUCUGAAGCUAGCGGCUUCACAGAUUUUACGGUCUAUCAUUUCGGCCAAGGCAUCGAGCUUGCAGGACGUGGCGAAACGCUGGCCGAACUGAAAGCCUCGACCGGACUUUUCAUGGUUCGCAAAACAGCAAACAGCCCAGAGAAUGUUCCUACUCGUACCACCCGAGCUUCGUCACCAGUGGACAACAAAAUCAUGCAUCAUUUUGACGAUCUGUACGACCUUCUGGAUGCGGAUGAGCGUCUCUCGAGAGAAGUCUACGGCUUCCUGAGCUUAUUUCCAGCACAAGCUGAACUUAUCCGCCUCAUCCGCUCAAAAGAGAAAUCUCCUAUGGAGCUGCUACCUUCCGACAAGCCCUUCAAGCUAUUGUACUGCGCCCGGGCCCUGCUGUCAUGCAUCGAGGAUGAAUCUUUCAGCUCGACCCCAGAUACACACUUCUUAGUCUACAGUGUUCGGACCAUUCUGGCGAUCCUCGCGAAAUUGGACCUAUCUGAUCCUACUAAUCCGCUUCAGAUGUCUAUUGUUCAUGGCCUAAUCCAGGCUCUUUUACUAGCGUUUCGUGCUAAGGUCCCACCAGAGACCUCACGUGAGUACAUCGAAGAUCGCCUGGAUUUUUCCUGCCAGAUCUCGAGGAUGCUGUACUUCUCAUUGGGGAGUGACAACACAGGCAGUGAUGAGGUUUCCACUUCAGCCAUGGUGAGGCUGAUCCUAGAGGCUUUCACCGAGGCUUGCCUGCACGACGAUCGCACUUGGGAUUAUGUGGAUGCCAACAAGCAAUUUGAGGGAUUGAUCAUGCUCGCAUUCGUCACAGACCCUCGGGCCGACGUGCGACGUUCUCUGCUGGAAGUUGUGGUCGGCCUGACAGGGGCUGUUGGGACCAAAAUACAUCUCAAGAUCAACAACCCCCGAGCACCACGCUCGCGGUUUCCAGCCAGUGUUGUGGAGGCUUGUUUGUCACAUCUCUGGACUGCGUUGGUCGAAACUUUGCCGCGUGCUUGCGAUCAUGCCGAACAAUGCGCGGAGAUAUGUGAGACAGUCCUCGUGAUUUUGAGGAGAAUAGGCAAGUCCUUUUCUGCCGAAAGACUUCACAAUCAAUUCGUCCAAUGGAGCUCCAUUUUCAUAGAGCACGAGCAUCACGAAACCGUUGGCCAACCUCUCAGAGAUCAUGUCGUUGCUUCUUUGACGAAGCUCCUCCACGAAUGCUGCAAGUUGUUGAGGAACAAUGAGGCUCUGCCUCACAGCAAUCGGUUGAUCGACAAAAUUAUUUCUCGCUUCCUCUUUCCAGCUUUGUCGGAGAGUGGCACUCUGACCGAAUCUUCGUUGGCGUUGCCUGUCCUGGACGGUACAGUCCGUGAAGGGCUUUACAAUCUCAUACUGGCUCUGUGUCAAGGACCACAAGAUAUGGCCACGAUUGUUGCAAGAUUGCAUGAUGAUCUGCUUCAACAAGACUUUUUUGAGCCGUUGUAUGCACACGAGCGGCAAAGUCUUCGCUCUGAGGUGGGCUAUGCUGGGCUACGCAAUCUCUCCAACACAUGCUACCUCAACUCCUUGUUCACACAACUUUUCAUGAACGUGCAAUUUCGCGAGUUCUUCCUGAAUGCGGAGAAUUUCGACGAGUCGAGGCAGAAGCUAGUCCGAGAGCUCGCGAAAGUGUUUGCGUACAUGCAAAAUUCCUACGAGAAGUCCAUUGACCCAUCAGGGGCGGUGGAAGCAAUAACAACCUAUGAGGGUGAACAAAUCGAUGUAUCUGUGCAGAUGGACGUCGACGAAUUUUUCAACCUCCUGUUCGACCGUCUGGAGGGACAGAUCGACCGCCGAGCACGAGGCGUGUUCAGGUCUAUUUACGGAGGCCACUUGGUGCAACAAGUCAAAUCUAAAGAAUGCGAGCACAUUUCAGAGAGACUCGAGCCGUUUUCCGCUGUGCAAGUUGAAAUCAAGGGCAAAGCGCGUCUUGAGGACAGCCUCCGGGCCUACGUCGAGGGUGAAGUCCUCCAGGGAGAGAACAAAUACUCCUGUACUUCUUGUGGGCGCCACGUUGAUGCGGUGAAGCGUGCAUGCCUCAAAGAUGUCCCUGAUAAUCUCAUCUUCAACCUGAAACGAUUCGACUACGACAUCAUGACGGGAAUGCGGACAAAAGUGAACGAUGAAUUUCAGUUUCCGGACACCCUUGAUAUCGCACCGUACACUCUGUCGCGCCUCAGUGAUGAAGGUGCUUCUGAUGAGCCAGACUAUUUCCAGCUCACUGGAGUUAUAGUCCACUCGGGAACGGCAGAUUCGGGGCACUACUACUCUUUCAUCCGUCAACGGCCGUCGAUCAAACCAAUCGAGAACUCGUGGGUUCAGUUCAACGACCAAGACGUGACUGUCUUCGAUCCCAGCCAGAUGAGAGAGAAUUGUUUCGGCGGAAGUGCUGAUGCCGGCUUUUAUCACCUGCCGAAGUUCUAUAGUGCCUAUAUGCUGUUCUACCAGAGGACCUCAAGCAUACAAAAGAUUGAAGAGCAAUAUCGCCAGCACGACUCGGUCAACCCCGUUCGCAUCCCACUACCUUAUCGAAUGGAACAUCACAUCGCCCAGCAAAAUGAGCUUUUCUUGAGGUCAUACUGUGCUCAAGACAGUACACAUGCACACUUCGUUCGUCAGCUGCUGGAGCGAAUGCUGCUUGGGACGGGUUGCAGCGACCACCAUACCCUCGAGACGAGCAUGAUUGAAAUGGUUCUGGAAUAUGUGCAUCAGAUUUCGUCUCGCUGGAAGGAUCUGCCGGCCGUGGAGGACAGUCUAAAGCUGCUGGGGCAAUGCUCGGAGAAGUGUGUUGACUGCGCCAAGACUGUUGCUCGCUGGUUUACGGCUACUCGCGUGCUUGAAGACGUGAUUGUUCGAAGCCCUUUCCAGUUGGUGAGGAAAUCCUUUGCUGGUCUGUUCUCGCAUGUCUUCGCUCAUCUGCAUUCAUUGAAAUCCACAAUGGACGCCACUGGUGACGACCCUACGGAUUUGAGUACUAUGUACUCUCGAACUCUGCAAUGUGCUAUCGCUCGACUCGCCAAAUUGUGGGACAUCGUCACCAAGAGCGGCCGCUGCUGGCCUGAAUAUUUUGGCAUUUUGCUGAGCAUCCCGAGACUUGGCGAUGACGAGGUAGUUAUGUUGUUGGACGAAGAAUUUCUGGAGAAAUGCGUCGACAUCGUGCUGAUCCACGUCAACAAUGCGGAAUUCACCAUUUCUAGGCGAUUGCGAACCCGGUACAGCACGUAUCUGGCGGCGCGAGAGAAGAACCGGCCCUUCAAUCAUGGCCUUCUUAUUCGAUUCUUGGUGAACCUGGUAUUGCGAGUCGACCUGCACCACAUUCCGGACGGGGAUUACCGUCUAUCUGACAAAAAGAUCGGCUUGACCCCCAGUGAACUUGAGGUCCUUGGAGUGGGCAGAAUGCCACCAAAUUUGGAGUGGGUCCUACGCAUGAUAGCUGGACGACAAAAUCCGACGGCGGUCAACGACCUGGUCAUAUACCUUGCAGGGGAUCCAAAUCUCGCCGGUGCUCUGUCUGAAGUUCUACAUAAGGGGUUGAACGACAGAUUAAUCCACGUCGCUGUCAGCUUUCUUACUCCAAUCUUGACCUUUUGCGAAUCCUGUCAGUCGGAACACCGCAUUGUCGACCUGGUGCAGGCUGCCUUAGACAGCAUCGCGACGGUUGGUAUUGAUUACUCCCGAGAGUACUUUGAAUUUGUCGACGCUGUGUCAAGACUGGAGAACCAGUCCAUUGAAGCCGAUCGUGGGUUUCUGGAAGAGGAAGUCUUGAAGACUGUGCCACGUUGGGCGCCUACGUUCCUUCUCUCCCCCGUUGAUGGUCAGACCCACAUCCGACACGCUACGAUGGAUAUCUUGAAGAGACUUGUCUUUAAUCCGCUAGAGGAAUCCGAGACUGAGGAUCUUCGGCUUCACCGACAGCUACGGGGUCUUGUGCAAGAAUUCGCAAAGGACGCACAAGCUUUUGCACACAGCACCUUUUUGACUUCACGAGCCAGAGAAAAUGCGGCGCUUUCACCUGGGCAGGCCAAUCAACUCAUUGAAGUGGUUGAGCAUUGUCUGGGAUACUUUGAUCUCGAUAACGCUCAGGAAGUGGAGCAGGUCAACAGCAUCCAGACCACAAUGGCCGCUCUGCGAGCCAAAGCUGAGUCUGCGGUUGAAACGAUGAGUGCUGACUGGCAAGAAAACAGCAGCGAAUUGGCCGAAUUGAGUACGGAGGAUUUUGAAGAACUCCAAAGUCCGUGAGUCGGGGUCGCAGCACAAGGCGGCGUUGGGUUGUAUGGAACCAUGAUCUUUGAGCGGGCGUCAAUCCGGCGGGACUUGUUGAGGAACUGAUUGAAAGGGAUUGAAUUUGGGCAUGGAGGCAUGGCGUCACUAGAAGAAUGGAAUGAGACAACAAAAACUAAUCAACGACGAAAAAAUGAUGGUUUACGAAUUCAUGAAGGUAUUGCAGAUCAAUUGUGAAGACGAUGGAGCGAGUUGGAUCAGACGGACCAUAGGCGCAGAGCCGUGGAAGGAGUGAGGAGCCUAUUUGGUUUUGGACUUUCUCUCCUCCCGCCCGUCGAGAGGCAUGAGGUCUCGUUGUGGUCCGAGUUGGCGCAUGGAAUGGUGGUGUUGUUGGAUCCGGACCAUGUGUGUCUGGCGUGAUGGCAAACGGUUCAAAUGCCACUGGCACAGAUAGAAUCGUGAAAUUAUUCAUGACUGCUUCAGAC